CUUCUUUGUGAUAUUCGGACGUGUUUGCGUUUCGAAUUCUCGUUAUCGCUUACCACCAGACGAGCCGAACUACGACACUGAGGUUCUCGUUCAUUGAAGAUGAUAAGGCCGGGUCUGCGGUGGUCGGGCAACGUCAGAGAAUCUCGAAGUCUCGAAGGCCGCCGAUACGCCGUUCUUAUUAUGGCGAUUAAAAAAAAAACACAAUCUCUCUCUCUCUCUCUUUCUCCUAUCCGUCUCGCUAUCUUUCUCGUUUUUAUCCGACCGAGCUUAUAAGUAAGGACCGCCGUCGCGCCGGGGACCAGUAAUCACUUAGGAUUAUUCUAAAGUAGAAGAGACGAAGAGGAGCUGAGCGCACGCAGAUCGCAAAUAGCAAAAGCAAACGUACGGUCUCUCGUACGUGGACGAUAAGGAAAAUUAAGGCUCUCCCUUGGUUGAUGAAUCUUAUCGAGACGACCAUCGACGCUGGCGGAUGUCUGAGGCUUGAGGCUUCCCGGAAAAUUGAACCUCGAAGAGGAAAUCGGGACAGGCAGAGAGGAAGCACGCCGAAGACGAGCCUGGCUACGCGAAGACGAUAUACGAGAAGAGAGAUAACAGAAUUAUUUUUCGAAGGUUGCAUCGAUUGUGAAAAAAUGGCUUCCAUUCCGCAAGGUGCUUUCGCAGUGCGGAAAGUUCGUUGUAACGAGGAGCACGCUGUUUCCAUGUCUAUGAUGGAGAAAAAAGAAAGGACUGAAGAUAAGAAGGAAAAUAUAUUCAAUCCGAGGCCUUUUUUAGAAGGUUGGGAGUUGACGCCGCUCAAAUACAACAGCAAGCUGAUGAACAGCAUUUGGGGCCUGUACAAUCGCUAUUCGGUGCAUAACUUUAAGAAGAACACUGAUGCCGAGAAGGGGGCCCGCGGGGGGGUGGCCGCGGCGAUCUGGGGUGCUAUUUUGGAGAAUCAGCCCCCGGCCGCCAGCGUCGUCGCCACCACCACCGCGGAAGCCCCUCAGAUCAUGAGAGCCGGAAAUCAUCUUUAACCUGGUCAAGUGAUCAAAAAAUCAUUCGAGAAAUGAUUGUCAGGAAUGAGCGUGAUUUAUGCGCACAAUUACAAAUGUAAAUUGGGGUAAUGAAUAUAUAAAUAUGCGUACUAAAAGAAAUUAGUGUAUACGAAAGAUAUAUUAGUAAUUAUAUUAGUAAUUACACGCAUACAAGUUUUGGGGAGGCUUUUAACGACCAUUUUGGCGCUUGUACUGUAAGUUCUCGUCUCGAUUACACGUUGUUAUCAACUAUUUCAAUAUCGUUGUUUGCAACAUCCUUUUGCUGUGUCGUACUUAUUGUUAUUCAUUUUGUUUGUUCUAAGAACUAAGUCAUUAUUCAUAUUCGCAAUAAGACAGCUCAAAAUCAAUCGUGCUGUUAUCAUACAUCGCAAUAAUCGGAUUAUUUGCAGCAGUAUUUAAUGUUACCUUUCGUUUUAGGGAUAUAUUCCUUGAGAUCUAUUCAUCAAGAAUCAAGACGUUUAAAAGACGCCUUAAAUUUUUUUCGCAAGUAAAUCUUUGUGUAAAAUAAAAAAUACGUUUCUUUUUAUAUGGUAUGUUGAAAAUACAUUUAAGUGACGAUUGUAAAAAAUACGAUAUAUAUAGUUAUUGAUAAUGAACUAUGUGAUCGCUUAUGUAUUAUUGUAAUAAAGUAAACAAUAAAUAAAUAAAUAAACUA